AUGGCGACCAUACCCGCCGUCUCUGCGUUCUGCGAGAAUUUUGACAGACCUGUCACGAAAGAAUACAGCUAUGAGUAUCCUCCUGUCUUCGACGAUUGCCCGCCGACGAUCGAAGAUUCCACCCCUUCCUGUGAACGAUGCGGAAUCCCGCCACUCAUCCUGGAAUCUGGGUCUACAAAGUGGUGUGAAUGCACACUCGCAGCGACUGAUCGUGAGCUCGUGAGGCUCAGGGCCGAGCUCAUAUCCGUUUCGGAUCGCGCUGCAACGACUGAUGCUCAACUCGACGAGGCCAAGGAGGAAUCCCGCAAGAAGGGGCAGGUCAUUCGCCGACUUCAAGAGCAAGCUGUAGCGGACCAGGCGUCCCUUCUCGGACUAGAAGAGAAGAUCCAAGUCGACGCGCAGCAACACCAAGAUGUCCUGAGACGCCAGAGCGAAAGAUUCCGGGUCUUGGAGGACAGGUGCAGCACUGCGCAACAGGAGAACGGUGUUCUCCAGGAAACGCUUAGAGAUGUCGAAGCCGAACGCGACUCGCGUGACGCGUCCUUGGUGGAGCUGAAGUGCGCGACGAAGGACUUAGACAGCCGCGCCACUUUCCUCGAACGAGAGAACGCAUCACUGUCUUCGGAGGUCACUAUCUACCGCGACCGAUGUUCCAGUCUCAGCUCCCAGCUUGAAGAUGCGACCGCUGCUGUGGAUACCGUGAAAACCAGCUAUCUGAACUUACAAUUUCAAUAUGAUGAGGACGUGGCUCGUCUGACGUCUGAGAAGAGGGAUAAAGAAUUGGACAUCAUCGGUCUCCAAAAACGUCUGCGGCAACCCACCAACACCCGCCUCAUGGUCCACAAGUCCACUGAGACGGCGUACAUUCCCCCGCCGCUUCCCCUGACGCCCGACACGUCUCUAUCCGUCGACAUAUCCACUUCCUCAAGCGGCGGACCACAGCCACAGCAUGUCUUCGUCAGGGCACAUCCACCACAGACGACCGCUUCACGUAGCCACGGCGACACAGCGCCUACUUCCAGCGCCUUCCUUGAGCAUGCUCCGAUCCCGCCGUCUGUGGUCCUCGUGCCAUUGAAGCGUCCUGCGACACCUGCUGGCCACUCCGCUCCGCUUGCUGCACAGGCGCAAACGACUCCCACCUGUCAGGUUCAAGGACUUCCCUUGCAAGAUUGGGUCAGACUCAUCGCGAUGGCGCUGUACAUGCUUGCUGCGGCCGGGCUUGCGGUGUACUACAUGCCACGCAUGUGCAUGGGCGGCGCGGGAACCGGCCUACCGAACGAUGCGACCGCGCUGUCGGCCUUAGCGCGCACUCAGGUUGCGCUGUGCCGGUGGAUAGCCGGACGUGAGUUAUUUCAUUGGGGACCUGUUGACCGAUCCGACGCUAUGCGAUGUGUCGCGUCGUUUGCGUUCACGUGA